AUGAAGGAAUCUCAAAGCAUAAUUUCUGUAUUCAAUGUUGCAAUCGGUUUGUUACUGCAUUGGACUCUUGAUAUCUUUUUUACAAAAGCAUCCAAUGAGUUUAAGAAAUCCAAUAAUUUAAGAAAUAAUAUUUAUUCGGCUCUGAAUGAUAAGCCUUUCACGCUGCAAGUCUUCAACAACGUCCACAGUGAUUCUCAAUGGCAAAAUGAAACAAUACCUUCUUGUAAAGGACAAACUUUCUGCGAGAAUGUUGCGAAUUAUCCCUUUGAUGUGGUGAAGAAAAUAAUUAGCAAACAUUCACUUCUUAAAAAUUAUAGUAAUCUCGAUAUGGUAGAACCACUUAAACCCACUCUACCGAUGCACUCAGAAUAUGGAACGAAACUCUGUCAGUCAAUCGAGAAAAUUAUCUUUCCAAAAACGGCGGAAAAUAUGAAUAACGAGUGGUCGUACGUCCUUAACACUGAUGAUGUGGUACAGGGAGUACACAUAGAGAAAUGCGUCAACGAAGGCAAACGUUGUAGCUCGAUAAAUGGGCUCGCAAGAGGUUACAUAACCGUAUGUAAACAAAGGUACGUUCAUAAUCAACUCCUAGGACUUCAGAAGGGUGGCUCGUAUACCUAUCAGCAAUUCCGAUUCCCAUCCAAUUGCUACUGUUACAUUGAAUACGUCGGCCCUGACAUACGGCUCGUCGAAGUAGCAGACUUCCAAAACAAAUCAAGCGAUAUCAAUUGA